GCCACAGCCUGGCGAUGCAGUCCUUGCUCUCCAAUACCUGCUUGGUUUCGCGCCGCAUCUGAAGAUCUGCCACCGCGGAACAGUUGCGUCUCCAUCUGGCUAGCAACCCACCCAAGCUUUCUUCACCACCACCACCACCUUCCUGUCUUCCCCCUCCUCCCCCUCCUUUCCGUCUUCCCUCUCCACCCCCGCCCCCAAUCUCCUCCUCUUUUUCUCACUACAAGCGGUUGCUGAUGCUGAAGCCGAGCGUCACUUCGGCUCCCACAGCAGACAUGGCGACAUUGACAGUGGUCCAGCCGCUUACUCUGGACAGAGAUGUUGCAAGAGCAAUUGAAUUACUGGAAAAGCUACAGGAAUCUGGAGAAGUACCAGUACACAAGCUACAAUCCCUCAAAAAGGUGCUUCAGAGUGAGUUUUGUACAGCCAUCCGAGAGGUGUAUCAAUAUAUGCAUGAAACGAUAACUGUUAAUGGCUGUCCUGAGUUCCGUGCAAGGGCCACAGCAAAGGCCACAGUUGCAGCUUUUGCAGCAAGUGAAGGGCACUCCCACCCUCGGGUAGUCGAACUGCCAAAGACUGAUGAAGGCCUUGGUUUUAAUGUGAUGGGAGGAAAAGAACAAAAUUCUCCAAUUUAUAUCUCACGCAUCAUCCCUGGAGGGGUGGCUGAAAGACACGGAGGCCUCAAAAGAGGAGACCAGCUGCUAUCUGUGAAUGGAGUGAGUGUAGAAGGAGAACAUCAUGAGAAAGCAGUGGAACUACUCAAGGCUGCUAAGGACAGCGUCAAACUGGUGGUGAGAUACACCCCAAAAGUCCUAGAGGAAAUGGAGGCUCGCUUUGAAAAGCUCCGGACAGCCCGGCGUCGGCAGCAGCAGCAAUUGCUCAUUCAGCAGCAACAGCAGCAACAGCAGCAACAGACACAGCAGAACCACAUGUCAUAGGUCCUUGAGGAAAAGCGACUUGAUCCAACAUGUGAUAGUUACACAUUUGAAUAUGUGCUUCAGAAUCCCAGCACCUAGUAAAAGGAAAAGACGACACUGAUAAUUAUACCUGCCAAAAAGCUGUGAACACAUGGUGUAUGAAUUAUUUAUCAAGGCCACUUGACACUGUCUUUCUCUGGGUUUGAAUCCCCCUGGCUUGCAUGCUCUUUACACACAUAGACCUUUCAUUCACUGAAGUGUGGGAUUUCUCUGUGUGUGGAGAGAGAGAGAGAUUCAGUCUGUAGACUAGACUGAAACAGCACGAAAAGCCUAAAGUCUGUGACUUUUAUUGAGUGAAUAAACCCAGGGCCAGGAUGAAAGUGAAUCUUUAGUCUAUAUUAUUUGCAGAGAUGAGCAAAGCCCUCAUUAGUCUACAGGUAUUCAAACUGCAUCAGUUCAAGGUUGGUGCCAUUUGAAGAAAACUUACCUAUCACCCCUUGCCCUGACCUGUUUCACCAUCCACAUUGCUGAGUUGUCUGAGUGGGAACACCAGUUCGUUUGCAAAGUCAAUCUGUAUUCCUUUGAAAAUGGCAAGUUGUCACAUUAUGUUCGUACUCAAUUCAGGUUCUUGAAGCAAUUUGGUUUUGUGCUUUUGUGUUUUCAUACAUUUAUUAGGCAUUCACAGACUGAGGCACUUGUAGUUUAACACUUAGAAGAAAGGGUAGGAAGUUUAGUACUAUCCUCUUUAAAGUAUUUCUUAUAUCUAUUGUCUUUAAUUCUAACAGAAUAUAAUAUAUUUAUUUCACAAAAUACAUAGAGCAUCAGAGGACAUAUGUUUCUAACUUGGGUUCUUUUCUUAUGAAAGUGUAUGACUCUAGUAGGAGAAUCUAGCAAUGGCCCAAGUCUCAUAAACUAAUCCUUACAGUGGUAUAAAACCCUGUUUUCAGUGUUUUCCUUUUUUGUAUUUUUUGUUUGUUUGAUAAAUUAUACAGAAAUCAAAAUUUAUUCUACAUAUACUGAUGUGCUGUCAUAGAAGUCUACUUGACAUUUUAGAGCUUAAAACUUACAUAUUUGAAUAAUACAGUCAUAGAUAGUAUGUAUACACACAUAUACAUAUGUAUGUAUAUAUAUACAUACAUACAUAUGUGCACAUGCUUGUAUUAUCACACACAAAGUUUAGAAAAGCUUCCCAAAAUACAGACUGUAUAUUUUUCACAGUCUAAGUAUCAUUGCUUUUAAAAUAAGGCUUACGGAAACCAGUGAUAUCAGCACUGUGUAUGACAGAUGGCAAUGCCUCUAGAGGAAAACAUGCUUAAUUUCACAUAUUACUAUAAACAAAUAGAUAAGGAGACCUGCCAUCUCUGGAAAAAUCUAUUAGAGUCACUUAUACAGAGAACAGUUUCUCACUGAUGGAAAAUCUAGCUACCUAAUCUGGUUUCCUACUAUGGAAUGAAUAUGAAACAGUAAUAAUAUGGGCACUAACACACCUUCAGUGCAAAAAAAAUAGCUAAAAUUUACCAAAAGGAAUAAUUACCCAGUUUAUCUAAUCUCAAUAGAUCACUAAAAAUGGCAAAUGAUUGAAUAUUCUUUUUUUCUCAAAUGUAGAAAUUGAUUUCCCAAGAUCUCUAUAGUUGACAUUUCAGAGAGACUUCUAAAAUAGAAAAAUAUGAUGUUGAGUCUAGAGUGUCUCUUCUAACACUAGCCAGACUUACCCAGUGUGUUUUCUUUUGAGUGCUGGCCUUUGAGUGGUACCCUUGUUCUUAUUGCUCUUCAGAGCAUAUCACAUGUCAGUCAACCAACAGCAAGGAAACUGGGCCUGCUCCCAUGUAUUUCAACCACGUCCUACUAUGGUAACAGGUUCCCAUCCAUUAAAACAUAUCAUUUUUUUUACUAGAGAGAAGUGGGGAAGGGGUAGGGGCAGGGAAGACUCAGAAUGUUAUGUAAAAUAGGUUUAUAAAAGAAACUAGCAUGACAAAGAAGAAUGAAUGUAGACUAUAUGCAUAUUAUUCAGUUGGAAAGAUAGUUCUCAUUUUUAUAAGAAAAAAUAAUAAAACAUAUAUUUUUAGUUAUCAUUUAACAAAGAAAUAUUAAAGUUAUUCAGGCAACACCACAAGAUUCUCAUCCCCAGUAUACUCUUGUAAGGAGAGAAUGGUAGUUUCUACACAUUUCAAAACACUGUAUGAAUUUGGAGCUUAAGGUAAAUAGGAUUUCAUUUAGUUGUUAACUGUGCAGUAAGUAUUGAAAUUUAUUAUAUCUUUUCACAUUUAUACAAGUCUAUCUUUGUGGUUUUACAAAAGCAUUUCUCCACUGAGCAGGUAUCUUGCUUUCUUUGUGUUUUCUAGAACUCUUUGUAUUUCAUGCUUCAUUUGUAAAAUAUAAAGUGGAGAUAAAUGUAUGCCUGGAUGUUUGUUGAAGUGAAGGGGUAACCCAGAUUGCAUGUCAUGGUGGCUCUAUGUACAAACCAUUCAAUUUCUUCACUCAAAUUUAGUUCAUAGAAAUGCAAACCUUCUUUGGACAUUUUGCUUUAAAAAUAGCCAUCCCUUAGACUUAGAGAAGCCACCUGUAGUAUUACUGAAUUUUACUGAACCAGAGCAAAAGGGAGCAAAAUUACAUAUUCUACAAAUGUUAUUUGUCAUUAGCUAUCACUAUAGAGCCACCAACUUGUCUCAAGUUAUAUUACUUCUUUAAAGAUGACAUAGCUAUUUAAGAUUGCUCUUACAUGAAGCUCAAUGUUCAAUAGCAAACCAAGUAUUAAAAGUGAAUUGGUGAUUCUGAAAUUUUCUUUCUGUCCCUUGUUCAAACGGGCAGACAGGGGAAAAUAUUUUUCUAAAUCUUUUUCCUGCUGUGAUAGCAAAGGAAAAUACAAGGCAUAGUUCAGUUAGAGAAUUCAAGAACCUUUUCCUUGGAGCAUUUACAUCUUGAGAUUCUCUUGCCAUUUGAAAUAGUCCAUCUGCCAGGAGAUAAUGAUCUGAAAUUACAGUCGAUUUAGGAAAGAAUAACAGACAUUGUGCCUCCUCAAUCACUUACCAAUGAAGAAUUCUCUAGUUAUGUGAACUACAGCUAUCUUUUAAGACAAUGCAAACAUCUAAAUGCAAAAAUCUAGCAUCCAGAAGCUUCUUAAGGACUUGAGACUGAAGAAUUUGGCUAGAGAUUGAUUACCCCAGUUUACAAAUGCAAUUUUCAAUUGAGACUCCAAACUGAACUUAUUUCAUUUUACACAGCUGUGCAUUUAAGACUCCCAAGAUGUGAAACAUUUUGUCUACAUUACUUUAAAACAAGUUUAGAUAUUUGUGGAAAUGUGAAUAAUGCCUCAAUUUUUCAUCUUUUAGCGGGUUUGUGCUGUAAAUAAAGCCAUCAGAUAUCAGGAAAAGUCUUACAAACCAUGAGACAACCCUACUCAUCCCGUCCCUCUCAGGAUUGCAAACUCCACUAAACAAGGCCCUUGGCUAUAGCCUUGUUCAUUGUCUCCGGCUCAGUACAGGCACUCAGUGGAUAUUUGUUGAAUGAAUUAAUUGUUGAAAAGCUGAAAAGGCAAAUGGACUGCCUCUUGCUAAUUUCACUUUCACAUAUUGUGUUGGUUGGCAUUAUCGUUUCUUAGUGCCAUAAUUAGAAGCAGAACUGACUCCCACAUAUAUGAAUUUGUAAUCAAAUUGCUUCAAAGGUUUCAAGCAUUUAAGAGCCUUAGGCAAGGAACAAGGUUUGGGAUUUCAGCUUCUUACAAUGUAUAAAACCCAGCAUUUCUAGUUCUUAAUGAGAGUUCCUGGAGCUAUUUGGCAUGGAUUGUCCAAAGAUGGAACGCUAUUUCUAAAUUUGGUAGGAGAGUGUUAACUUCUUAAAAAGAAAAGUCGUGUCAUUGAUCACUAUUGUAUCUUCUUCAAGAUUUAUGGUCAUUGGGGAUAUAAUUGCUAAACCUUUUCCUGCAGUGAAAAAGUUGCUUCUUUAUAUUUGAUUCCCAGAUGUAGCAGAGCUGAAAAUCUUGUACCUACUCAAAUUUCCUUAUGAGUUCAUUCAUUGAACAAAUACUUAUUGUGUACCUAAUGCAGGCCAUGUUCUAGACACACAAUGAGAAACAAGACAGAUAUAACAACAUUGGUCAACUUACAGUAAGAAAUCCCCCCACACUUAACUCCUGUCAUUACUAGAGUUGGCCAUUCACUGGGUCUCCUUCCCACAUGCUAGAAGAAAUAAAUUCCCUCAUCUCAUGAAAACCAUGAAAUGCUUUUUGCAAAGGCCUAUGUGAGUUUGUGUUUCUAAACAUACCCGCAAAGAGUUUACUUGUAAACGACCAAUAAAACCUGGUUGAGUUAGAUAUGGAAUAAUUUAUUCAUAACAUUUCUUCAUCUCUUGCUGUGCUGUAGCUACUGUGCUCAAAGCUCUCAUGAACUAUGUUGUUGAAUGCUAUCAUUAGCCCUAUAGAGUAGCUUUUGUUUCAUAGGCAAAGAAAUAGAAGCACAGAUUACGUGAUUUGUCCAAGGUCACACAGCUAACAGGUGGACAGUGGAAUUUGAACCCAGGCAGUCUGACACAGAGCUCACGCAUAUCUACAUCACCUGUUGUGUGAGGGGACACCAGUACAUGAAAAUAAAUGGGUCAUUAAAUGUGUCAUUGAAUACAAAAGUAUUUCGAAGCUGUAAAGUAUUAUAUAAAAGAUGAUAAAACAUUAUUACUCAUUGUUCAAAUCAUAUCAGUGACAUGAACUGGAUUAGAACUCAAUCUUAUGUUGUAACUCAUUCUCAUGAAGAAUAGAAGGCUUCAAGCCAGGGACUUGGAUAAAAGUACAGAUCCAGAAAAUUUCUGACUUGUGAUAAAUAUUUCAAUGUCUUCUUGGAAUUAUUUAUUGUCAUCCACUGUGUCCAUUUGGUGCUACACAAACUGAAAGAAACAAAACCCCUGACCUAAGGGCUUAUAAUAAAUACACAGUGUAGAGAUAAAGAUGUUGCAUUUAUGGGGAUAGAUUAAGCGAUUGUACAUUUUCCCCACCAUGGCAUGUACAUCCUGUCUUUCCAAUUGUUUUCUUUUUUUUCUAAAAGAGCUGCAAAAUUGUGCAGUGGUUCAUCCAGACCAAAGUGGUAUUAUGCUGCUGGGAAGUAAAAAUAUUAGACACCA